GACUUUUUGAUCUGUCUAAACAAAACAAUCGAGUCCACCAACAUUUCCUCGCCCUCCCCUCCCCUCCCCUCACCUCACCACAACCCCUCGACGACCGUCUUCUAAUCGACCACAUACCCAUCACCUUUAACAAUCAUCAUCAUGGCUGAUACCGAAAUGGAUGUCGAUGCGCCUUCAUCACCACAAGAGCAACGAAAUGAACGAAAUGAAUCAAAGAAUGCCUCAAUGACAACUCACUCCAAUGCGACAGCUGUACGAUCUAUCGAAGGCUGGAUUAUCAUCGUCACCAAUGUACAUGAAGAAGCUAGCGAGGAGGAUUUGAAUGACAAAUUCGCAGACUUUGGAGAGAUCAAAAAUCUUCAUUUGAACCUGGAUAGAAGAACUGGAUACGUCAAGGUGAGUUUCGCUCAUGCAAUGCAAUUCAAUUAAUUACAUUUCCCAUGGAAGCUUUUCGAUCACUCUGGGCAUUUUAUCGCAUGGAGGAUUUGUAAGAUAGAUUUAGACGGCUAACUCAAAGCAUCUGCAAAAAUAGGGUUACGCACUGAUUGAAUAUCCAACUUUGGAAGAGGCAAGGGCAGCGAUCGAUGGUGCGCAUAAUACCAAGUUGCUGGAACAAACUGUGGAGGUAGACUUUGCAUUUGUUAGACCGCCACCAGGAGGAAAAGGUCGAGGAGGUCGGGCACCUGCCAAAGGUAGAGCCAGAAGCCGAUCCCGUAGUCCCAAUGGUAGAGAUGGAGGCGAUUGAAUGAGUGCAUUGAAUGAGUGCAGGUGACGAUAACUGUGCCACGUUAAGGGUUAAUGAUUCCUAAUCACACAAUCAUACAAUCAUACAAACAAGGAGCGGUGGAAGAAAUCUGGGGAAGUUGCAGGGGAAAAUGGAAAAUGGAAGGAUUUGAGAAAAGUUUACUACUUUCAUUACUUUCGUUACUACCUACUUUACUAAAAGCCGAUAUGUUUUUAAUGGAGAAGACAUAUCGGCGUAUAUCCAAACCAUUACGAUGGUAAGUCAUGCCAUGUCAUCUCUCCAUCUAUCCAUCUAAUUGCCUUGAAUUAUUGGAAAGAAUGUUACUGAUGAUCUAUAUUUAGCAAUUGAGAUACCAAACACUUAACUUACUAUUGAAACUUUCUGUUUGAUAUUCUUCCAGCUUGACGAAUUUGAGACUUGAUUGUUACAUCUCCGAAGUUUUCAUCUAAUUUGUUAGACAUCGCCGAGAUGCAACAUUUCUUCAAAUUCCUCCAAUGCAAACAAAGCAUUCUUUUACAAAAACAGUUGUCUUCGCAGAAAUUAGAGGACCCUACUCACAUCUCUCCAAGAACUCAGUGGACCCUACAUUCAGAAAGAAAGAAAAACUUACUUGCCGACCUGAAUAACCUUGUACUGCGGGCUGACAUAGAAUGAUGUGAGCGAACCUCCCCCUGGCGCUACAUAUAUAACCUUGACAUUUUACCA